GCUCGGCGCUAGUCCCACCUUGCAGUCACCGACGUUCCAGAGUCUUCCCAGAGUCUUCUCAGUCUUCUGGCGGAUUCGACGACGUGGAUUGUGACUUGCGCACAGCGUAUUACGUGACCAGAUCUUAUGAAACUUCGACUUAACACGAACAAGAAGAAAAAGUUUCUAAGCAACUGACAUCCGUGGUCACACAUAGACCUCACGACUAGCGAAUAUCAGCGGCACGACCCCUACUCGCAAAAUCCGAUUACACUGUUGACGAUUCAACAAAAUGGUCAAGGAGACGAAGCUCUACGAUGACCUGGGUGUCUCGCCCACGGCCACUGAGGCCGAGCUGAAGAAGGCCUACAAGAUCAGCGCCCUCAAGCACCACCCUGACAAGAACCCCAACAACCCAGACGCCGAGCACAAGUUCAAGGAGAUUUCACACGCCUACGAGGUUCUGUCCGAUUCCCAGAAGCGCCAGAUCUACGACCAAUAUGGCGAAGCUGGUCUAGAAGGCGGUGCCGGAGGCGGCGGCGGCAUGGCUGCUGAGGAUCUCUUUGCUCAAUUUUUCGGUGGUGGCUCAUUUGGUGGUGGUGGCCUUGGUGGCAUGUUCGGUGGCAUGGGCGGACAGAGCCGCGGACCGCCCAAAGCCCGCACCAUCCACCACACACACAAGGUCUCGCUCGAGGAUAUCUACAAGGGCAAGAUCUCCAAGCUCGCUCUGCAGCGCUCGAUCAUCUGCCCCAAGUGCGAGGGACGUGGUGGCAAGGAGGGUGCUGUCAAGCGGUGCACGGGCUGUGACGGCCACGGCAUGAAGACGAUGAUGCGCCAGAUGGGUCCCAUGAUCCAGCGCUUCCAAACUGUCUGCCCAGACUGCAAUGGCGAGGGUGAGAUUGUCAAGGAGAAGGACCGCUGCAAGGGCUGCAAUGGCAAGAAGACCAUUGUAGACCGCAAGGUUCUGCACGUUCACGUCGACAAGGGUGUGCGCAGCGGCACCAAGGUGGAGUUCCGCGGUGAAGGUGAUCAGGCACCUGGCGUCCAAGCUGGAGAUGUCGUUUUCGAGAUCGAGCAGAAGCCCCACCCCCGCUUCACGAGGAAAGAGGACGAUCUCUUCUACCAGUGUGAGAUCGAGCUUGUGACAGCCCUUGCGGGCGGCAAGAUCUUCAUUGAGCAUCUUGACGACAGAUGGCUCUCCAUCGAUAUUAUGCCUGGCGAGGCUAUCGCGAAUGAUGCUGUCAAGAUGGUCCGUGGCCAGGGUAUGCCCGCCCCACGACACCACGACCACGGCAACUUGUACAUCCAGUUCAGCGUCAAGUUCCCCGAGCGCGGCUGGACCACUGACGAGAGUGCUUUCGAGGCUCUGCGCAAGAUUCUUCCCGCUCCUGCCCUUGAGACUGUCCCCUCAGCGGAUGCGGUUACCGAGGACGCCGACUUGGAGGACGUUGACACCUCAGGUGGUUCGCGUGGCUUUGGCGGCGGUCCCAUGGAUGAGGAUGACGAGGACGGUCACCCUCACGCCGAGCGUGUCCAGUGUGCCUCUCAAUAAGCGGCUCUUCUGCAAGCCUUUGGCAUCACCCAUGUUUGCCAAGUGUUGAAACAUUUUCUUGGGACGACUUUCACGAUUAGCAUCAUCGGCAAAAGAGAUGCUACGAUUACUCAACUGCUUUCACUGCAAGAAUAGCAUUUACGGCGCGAUGUUGCAACGUUCCCAUGACACGAAAAGGAACGAGUUCCAGCCACGGACGUGCAUCACGAGUUGAACGACACGAGAGUGCUGGGCAGUGCGCGCGGCGACAUGAUGUGCUUCAUAGCAUAGCGGUCCUGUUCUCCUGUCAGCGAGGGUCUGCGCAUGCUGAGUAGAGUUCUUGGGUCGUACUUGGUUUUCUCCUGUUGAAGUCUUCAGGACUUGCCCAUUGAGGGUUUUCUUUGCAAGCUGGCGUUUAGAGGGCAUAGAUGGGAGAGGCUGAGCAAGAGCUUCUGUCUCUAAUUGAAUGACGUUUGGAAUGAG